UCCGAAUCAUUUGUUCCAAUCCUAACCUAGCGGACAUUAACCAGCAAGCAAAAACCGUGUGAUGGAGAGAGAAGGCGCCACGUAGCAAAGAUCCCUCGGGCCUCCUCCAAUCCUCCAUCUCCAGCAGGCAAUCACGAAGAAGAAGAAAGGAAGAAGGCAAUUUCGAGGGAGCUUCACCGUAUUUGUAUUUAGGAAAAGAAGGAAGAAAAGCCGGCAGCUUGUACAGAGUGAUAUCUAUCCCUCUUUCCUUCCGGAGGUUUGGUCAUCUUCUUCUCUUUGGCAGGAGACUCGGACUGAUCAGGCUAAUGGCCAAGGACUUCCCUGGAUUUCCAAAAAUCAACCAGCUAGAAUCAAGGAGGCAACGCCUCACUUGGAUCCUAGCAAUAAGCGGCCUGUGUGUCAUCUUCUACCUCCUCGGCGCUUGGCAGAACAGUUCCAUCCCCAAACCCAACUCUUCAAAUGUCUCCAAAGUUGGCUGCGACGACAUCAACGACAACGCCGCCUUGUCAAAGAGCAGCCUCAACGGUGCCUCACAAUCCAAUGCCAAACUUGAUUUCAAUGCUCACCACCAGCUAGACCUCAAGGAUACUUCACCUUCCAUGGAAAAGUUUCCACCUUGUCCCAUGAACUUCAGUGAAUACACUCCUUGCCAAGAUCGAACCAGAGGGAGGAGGUUUGAGAGAGCAAUGCUGGUUUACAGAGAGCGGCAUUGUCCUACCAACGACGAACAAGUUAGAUGCUUGAUCCCAGCACCCCCAGGGUACAAGACUCCUUUCAAGUGGCCUCAAAGCAGAGACUAUGCUUGGUACCACAACAUUCCUCACAAGGAGCUCAGUAUUGAGAAGGCCGUUCAGAACUGGAUCCAGGUUGAAGGUGACCGUUUCCGAUUCCCAGGCGGUGGCACUAUGUUUCCACGAGGCGCCGAUGCUUAUAUUGAUGAUAUCAAUGAACUCAUUCCAUUAACUGAUGGGAGUGUAAGAACUGCCCUUGAUACUGGCUGUGGAGUUGCAAGUUGGGGAGCUUAUCUACUGAAGAGGAACAUACUGGCAAUGUCCUUUGCCCCGAGAGAUACACACGAGGCGCAGGUCCAGUUUGCAUUGGAACGAGGAGUUCCAGCCAUGAUCGGAGUAAUGGCAUCAAUGAGAAUUCCUUACCCUGCAAGAUCUUUCGAUAUGGCUCACUGUUCUCGCUGCUUGAUCCCUUGGCAUGCUCAUGAGGGUCUGUAUCUACUGGAGAUUGACAGGGUUCUACGACCAGGAGGAUUCUGGAUUCUAUCAGGUCCUCCUAUCCAUUGGAAGAAGUAUUACAGAGGCUGGGAGAGAUCUCAACAAGAUCUGAAACAUGAGCAAGACGCAAUAGAGGAGCUCGCAACACAGAUAUGCUGGAAGAAAGUGAUCGAAAAGGAAGAUCUUUCUAUCUGGCAGAAACCCAUCAACCAUAACAAAUGCAUCAAUUCAAGAAAAAUUUAUAAAACACCCCACAUUUGUAAAAAUAGCAGCAUUGCCGAUUCCGCUUGGUACCAAAAAAUGAAAACUUGCAUCACUCCAUUGCCGGAAACAAGCGAAGACAGUGCCGUCGCAGGCGGGGAGCUUAAAAAAUGGCCUGAGAGGGCUUUGGCCGUGCCGCCCCGAAUAAGCCAGGGAACCAUUUCCGGCGUCACUACAAAGACAUUUGAGGAGGAUUCCAAGAUGUGGAAGGAGAGGAUAGCAUACUACAAGAAGCUUAUACCGACACUAAACCGCGGGAGAUAUCGAAAUGUGAUGGACAUGAACGCCAAACUUGGAGGAUUUGCUGCAGCCAUUGAAAAGUACCAAGUUUGGGUUAUGAAUGUUGUUCCAACGAAUUCUGAUCGUGAUACGCUUGGUGUUAUCUACGAAAGAGGAUUCAUUGGCACUUAUCAGGAUUGGUGCGAAGCUUUCUCCACUUAUCCGAGAACUUAUGACUUCAUUCAUGCUGAUGGUUUGUUCAGUAUCUAUGAACAGAGGUGUGAUAUAACAUAUAUUCUACUGGAGAUGGACAGAAUACUUAGGCCAGAGGGAACAGUAGUGUUCAGAGAUACUGUAGAGAUUCUAGUGAAGAUUCAGAGAAUUAUAAAGGGAAUGAGAUGGGAUAGUAAGAUCAUGGAUCAUGAGAGCGGUCCUUUUAAUCCUGAGAAGAUAUUGCUUGCUGUGAAGAGUUACUGGACAGGCGAAGCAGCCAAAUAUUAAUUAAGUAUGACUAAUCACUUUUUUAAUUUUUUUUUGCUGUUAAUCUCUCUUAAGAUGUAAUAAUAUUUACAGAGUUAAUUAGCAGCCUGUUUAAUUGAUACUGGUGCUUUUGUUUC